AUGUAUGAAGCAUCUGCUUCUGAUCCUCUUUCUCAUGGUGGUAGAUAUUUCUUGCAAUAUUCAAUAGAGGUUCGAAUUGGACGACUAUUUGCUACAGCCACCUCUAUCUUUCUAGCAAAUAUUUCCUUUGAGGGUCUCGAUAACCUUGAUGACUUUGAGGUGUUUCCUUCUCGAAUUCCAGACCUUUCAUUUGAAAGCCCAUUAAUUAUAUCAGGCAGGUACCGGGGAAGUUUUCCUGAGAGCCUUAAAGUCAAGGGCAUCCUUGCAGAUACAAGCAAUUUUUAUCUGGACCUGAGAGUACAAGAGGCAAAUGGGAUACCUAUUGACAGGAUACUAGCCAAGCAAUGGAUUGAACUACUUACAGCUCAGGCCUGGUAUUCAGAAAAUAAGGAUCUUGAAGAGAAGAUUGCAAAAAUGAGUGUGCAAAAUUCAGUUGUUUCUGAAUAUACCCACAUGAUCUUGCUUGAGACUGAGAGAGAGAGAAAAGGCAGUGAAUCAACCAGUGCCCAACAGUUUUCGAGCAAAGCAGAUACUCACAAGACAGAAGAUUCUAAAUCUCAAAAGAUAAUCAGGGUGCAUAAGCUCGGAAUUGGUUUUGGCAAUUUAAAUGCUACUGCUGAGAACACUCGUCCGGGAUGCGAAGAAAAAGGCCCCCCUGAUGCAGGAGAGAUUUUCGUGAAGGCAGCUUCAAAUUGUUGUGGAAAGCUUUUCGGGCACUGCUGUUGCAUGUGCUGUAUUCAAUGUUGUUCACUGAUAAACGACCAGUGUGCAAUCGCACUAACGCAGUUGUGCGGUGCCUUGGCAUGUUUAGGUUGUGCUGCCUGUUGUGAUGCAUGUGAUGGACAAGAUUGA